AUGGCGGCACAAGUGCCGAAAGCCAUGGUUAUUUCAACCACGGCUUCGACAGCGCACAGCAGCAGCAAAUUCAUAUCAACCAACAUGAGUUGCCCUUUACAUGUGAAUUUCAAAGGGUGCCCUGCUACCGAGGCUGGGUUUGAGAAAGAGACGGAUCUCAAGAAUCACACUCGAAGAUGGCAUCCUUAA